CCGCGACUGAAACACCGGGCACGUUUCCGCUCAUCCAUAAGACUUUCUUUAUCCGUUUUGUUUUAUUUUUAAAAGAAAUUAUUCCAAUAUUUUUUUUAAAUUUUCUGCGUAAAGUUUAACCAUUAAAAGAGCCUAUUUGCGAUGGCAAAAGGAGAAGGAGGUGAACAAUACUCCAACGCCAGCUUAUUGAAUAAAUCGGUCAAUUCAGAUGGCAUCAAGCUCGCAAGGAUGCCUGAUCACAGGAACAGGUUGUCAAUCUGCAACAAGAUAUGCUACGCCAUUGGCGGAGCGCCGUACCAGAUGACCGGCUGUGCCCUGGGCUUCUUCCUGCAGAUCUAUCUCCUGGAUGUCGCUCAGCUGGACGCUUUCUAUGCCUCCAUCAUCUUGUUCGUUGGCCGAGCCUGGGACGCCGUGACCGACCCCACAGUUGGGUUCCUUGUCUCUCGAAGCCCAUGGACACGUUUCGGACGGAUGCUGCCCUGGAUCCUCUUCUCGACCCCUCUGGCUGUGCUUUCCUAUUUCCUCAUAUGGUACGUUCCUCCCUUUGAGAACGGAAAAGUCAUCUGGUACCUUUUCUUCUACUGCCUCUUCCAGACCCUUCAGACGUGCUUCCAUGUGCCGUACUCCGCCCUCACGAUGUUCAUCAGCUCCGAGCAGAAAGAGAGAGACUCCGCCACGGCAUACAGGAUGACGGUGGAGGUUCUGGGAACCGUGCUCGGUACGGCCAUCCAGGGCCAGAUCGUGGGCAUGGCCAACGCCCCCUGCCUCGCCGGACCCGGAGACAUCGUGGCAAACCUGACCAAUUACACUGCGGCGCUGAAUGGGUCGGAACACGUCAUCUCCCUGGAGCACACGAGAACAGCCUACAUGAUUGCGUCUGGCAUCAUCUCCCUGAUCUACGUCCUCUGUGCCGUCGUGCUGUUCUUUGGUGUCAGAGAACAAAAAGAGUCCUGCCGGCCCAGGUCAGAGCCCAUGUCGUUCUUCCAGGGGAUCAAGCUGGUGAUGGGACACGGACCGUACGCCAAAUUAGUCAUGGUCUUCUUAUUCACAUCCCUGGCUUUCAUGCUCCUGGAGGGGAACUUCGCUCUGUUCUGCAGCUCCACGCUGGGUUUCAGGAACGACUUCCAGAAUAUUCUGCUGGUCAUCAUGCUCUCAGCUACCCUGGCCAUCCCGUUCUGGCAGUGGUUCCUCACCCGCUUUGGGAAAAAGACGGCCGUUUACACUGGCACUUUGUCUGUGGUUCCCUUCAUGAUCCUUGUGGUGUGCAUUAAGAGCAACCUGAUCGUCACCUACGUCGUGUCCUUCGCUGCCGGGGUCGGAGUGGCCGCAGCUUUCCUGCUUCCCUGGUCUAUGCUUCCCGAUGUUGUCGAUGAUUUCCAAGUGCAGAACCCAGACUCCACGGGGCACGAAGCCCUCUUCUACUCCUUCUACGUCUUCUUCACCAAGUUUGCCUCUGGAGUCUCCCUCGGCAUCUCCACCCUCAGUUUAGACUUUGCGGGAUACAUCAGCAGAGGCUGCACUCAACCCAAGGAAGUGGACCUAACCUUGAAGUUGCUGGUUUCGGCUGCUCCCGUGGCGCUCAUCAUCAUCGGUCUGAGCAUAUUGUACUCUUAUCCAAUCAACGAGGAGAGGAGGCAAGGCAACCGCAAGCUCCUGCAAGAGCAGAGGGACAACGAGGCAGACUCGGAGACCGACUCCACAGAGCUCGCCAACAUGGUCUAGCGCAGCCUUAAACGAAACCCACGGACCAAUCGGGUGAUCGACUGGCACUAUUUGCACUGGGCGGGACCAAAACAGACCUGGGCCCGUCGGAUGGAACACACAUGCUCACACUGCCUUGUCCAGCCACGCUGCUGCUGUACCACCUACUAUACUUGAUUCAAGUGUCAUCGACUGGGGCCUGCCAAGGCCUCCCUGAAGACAAACAUCCUCCCCUCCGCAUCUCGUGACGCCCCCCCCCUGGCAUGACAGUCCCUGCUUUCAGUCAGAUUUUCAAAAGCCUUACUUUUUUUGUACUACCUUUUGAGUACUUGUCUUUCUGUGUUGAAAUUGCACAAAACCAUGAAAUGUGUUGGGAGUGUGUUUUGUCAACAAAACUGGUGCUACUCACUGGAGCUGAGCGGUUUCUACCUUUGUACAUAACACGUUGAGCAUUAAUGACCUUGUGCACUACGCAAAAAACAAAACACAAAAUCGAACGACUCUCUUGUUCAGAGACGUGAACAUUGUGAGAAACUUGAACAGCCUUAAUGAUCUCUCCCCACUACGGGGUUGGAGCACAUCCAAAACCAACCAAGUGAGACAAGCCUCUGUCACUUGAGUCAUUGACUUGGUGUGUAUUAUUGAGCAUGUUUAGAUGUGUCUUUUUGUUUUUUUUCUUUUUUUGCAGUUUACAGAAAGCAGUCAGCCCAUCACUCUCAUCUCGUCUCAUUCUCAUCCCACAGGCUCCUUCUUUGAAGGGAGCCACCCUAAUGCGAUGUUGGAACCAUUGGUCGAACGUUUGAGCCUCUAGGAGCUCGUUUCUGUUCCUCGCCAUCAUUCUGCAACCACUACAAAAGAAAUAGCCUGUAUCAUCCAGCUGUUGCAUUCUCUAUUUUAUUUAAAGGACGGCGACUGAAGACGGGGAUAUGGCCUUCACUCUAAACGCUUCAAUUAGCUUAAUACUGAGCAGAACGCCGGUACUAAUUUAGUGAUAUCAUUAUUUAAAUAUUUAUUAGUUUAGUUUUCCUGUUAAUUAGUUCUUGUUUUUCAGUAAAAAAAAAAAAGGUCAUACGUCUUACACUAUUUAACUAUUUAACACCUGCAAGGUGGUUGCAACUGAACUAAAAGUUUAAAAACUGAUGGGACUCCAUUUUUAAAACAUCUAUGCGCCUUUUAAUGCAUGUUGCAGUCUUUGCAUUUGAGACGAAGAAACAAAAAGGGAAGCACAUAAUUGUAGGGGGGAAAAAAAAGAUGUAGAAGUGUUGUUGGGUGUGUUUGAAUGUUUUCAGCGUGUGUGUGUGUGUGUGUCUACUGAAGAAACAUCUGGAAUAUUUGUGUUAUCAUCUCAAUCCCUGUCAUGAAAUGAGGAUUGGCAGAUUUCAUAUCUGUUGAUAUGGAAACGUGUACAUGCAGUUUCAUAUGUUAUACAUACUGUUACAUCUUUGACAUGUUGUCUCUGACAAUUGAGUUGCCGAUGUGAAAUUGUUCAUUUUGUUCACUUUAUUUUUCUUGACGUCCCUGAAGUGGAAAAUGUGCCAACAUGGUGUGGUUUUUUUUCUUCCCCUCCCUCCCUCACUAAUCCUGUAAUAAUGGUUGUACAUCCUGUAAAUGUCACAUUGUUUUAUUUCGCUGGUGUAUUGUCUGAGGCUGUAGCCAAAUGUGUGAGCUUUAAAUCCCACAGGGACACACAGAAGCCUUGUGUACACGCCUCCUGUGUAUAUGUAUAUAUUGUAAAUGUGAAAAAAAUGUAAAUAUCUUUGAUAAUUGUGGCUGCAAGUGAAAUGAACCCCGUGCUAUGUACACUGUACUGUAGUUAUUUAAGAAAAAA